UCAGGCAAGGAUGGCGCAAACCCAUUAAAGAAGCACUACUUACAGCUAAAGCUAACUGAUGAUACUAAUACAUACAAAUUUGCUGAAAAAAGAGAUAAGUGUGCCGCACCGCUGUGCCGCCUACAAGGUAAAUUAAUGUCUCUACAAGCUCAUGGCACUUUUCUACACGAUCCCGAGUUGUUUUCUGAGAGCUCGGCUCACUUGAAAAUGAAUUGUGAGGAGAGAAGGGUCUCCUUUGGCGCCGACGGGAAAAAGCAUCCAAGUGAAUCAGAUGCCUUUAUUUCAAAAGGGAUUCAACGAAACACUUCUCGCUCAUCUUUCAGAGAGAUUCGAGCCGCCGUAGUAGCCAAUUUAGCGGUGAUCCAUCUUGGCCUGAUGUUUUCCUUCUCUGCAAUGACUCUGCCCGAAAUGAAGGCUGCAGACUCGAUUCUCCGCAUUAACGACGACCAAGCCUCGUGGAUAGCGAGCAUCGCGUCCCUCGCCACCCCGCCCGGCUGUCUGUUCGGUGCGUACCUAAUGGACCAGCGAGGUCGCAAGUACGCGCUCGUUUUCCUCUCGGUUCCCUGCGUUCUCGGAUGGCUGUCGGUGGGAUUCGCGGGACUCGCCACCUCGCACGUGUCCAACGAUCUAACCCUGUACAUAAUUUACUGCGGGAGAAUGCUGCAAGGCUUCGGCACCGGAAUAGCGGCUGGCAGCGCGAGGGUCUACACAAGCGAGACGUCAACUCCGUACCGGCGAGGCACCUUGACCUCGCUAGCCUCACUCGCCAUCUCCCUCGGGGUCCUGAUAGGCUACUCCCUGGGCGCCUUGUUCUACUGGCCUUACGUCGCCUUCCUCAGCGCCGGGAUACCUUUGUCGGCCGUCUUCUUGCAAAUAAUUUUCCUCCCCGAGACGCCCACCUGGUACCUGACCCAAAAACGGCGCAACGAGGCCCGAGCUGCCCUGCAGUGGGUCAGGGAUCCCGAGAGCUCGGCACAGGAAAUCGACCAAGAACUGGCGCACUUGGGAGGAGUAACUGACGACGCGGGGCCCACGAGCAAGUGGGCCGAGUUGAAGCAGCCGUCCGCCCUCAAGCCCCUGGCGCUCGUCACUUUUUUCUUCUACACGUACCAAUUUUCGGGUAUCGCCGUGCUGACGUUUUACAACGUGCAAAUCAUCGAGAGCACCGGCGCGCAGGUGGACGCCGACCAGGCUGCGGUGGGUUUCGCGGUGCUCAGGCUAUUUUGCAACGUGAUCGGCUGCUACCUGAUGACCAUUUGCGACCGGCGCACGAUGACGAUCGCGUCCGGAGUCGCGUCAGGUGCCGCAGUGCUCAGCCUGGCCACGCACAAUUACCUGAACACGAUCGCGGUCGCAUCGGACGACUGGCUGUGGCGUCACCUGCCCAUUUUCUGCCUUGUUUCCUUCUACAUUAGCUACUCGCUGGGCUACCUGCUCAUUCCGUGGGUGCUCACUGGGGAAAUUUACCCGGCCAGGAUUCGCGGCUUGCUAGGCGGAAUUACCGUGUGCUUCGCGCACUCGCUGUUGUUCGCCGCAGUCAAGUCUUUUCCGUUCUUGCUCGAGAAUCUGGGUUUCCACGGUACUUUCUGGUUUUACGGAUGCAACGUGGCAGUCGGCUCGGUCAUUCUCUUCAUCUUGCUGCCCGAAACGAGAGGUCGGACGCUUUUGCAGAUCGAGAGCUACUUCAAAAAGGCCCGCAGCAAUGGAGUUUAUUAGAAAGCACAAGUGAAUGUGUAUUUAUCAAUAAAUGAAUAAUCAAAUUAAAA